CAGGCCUGGCUAAUCGAGCGCGCGGGCUGGCGGCUCGGCGCUCGUCUGGCGGCGCCUGCCCGUGUGGUGGUUUCCGGCGGAGGUGGGGAGAGUCGCACGCGCAGCGGGGAAGGUGUGAGUCGUGAACCGCGCGAGUCUCCGCCAUGGCCUCUCUACUCGCCAAGGACGCCUACCUGCAGAGCCUGGCCAAGAAGAUCUGCUCCCAUUCGGGCCCGGAGCAGCAGACGCGCACGCGGGCUGGCAAAACUCAAGGCUCAGAAACUGCAGGGCCCCCAAAAAAGAAAAGGAAGAAAACACAAAAGAAAUUCCGGAAGCGGGAAGAAAAGGCUGCUGAGCACAAGGCCAAGUCCUUGGGGGAGAAAUCUCCAGCAGCCUCUGGGGCCAGGAGGCCUGAGGCAGCCAAAGAGGAAGCAGCUUGGGCUUCCAGCUCAGCAGGGAGCCCUGCAGAUGGCCUGGCCACUGAGCCUGAGUCUGUCUUUGCUCUGGAUGUUCUGCGACAGCGACUGCAUGAGAAGAUCCAGGAGGCCCGGGGCCAGGGCAGUGCCAAGGAGCUGUCCCCUGCCGCCCUGGAGAAAAGGCGUCGGAGAAAGCAGGAACGGGACCGGAAGAAGAGGAAGCGAAAGGAGCUGCGGGCGAAAGAGAAGGCCAGGAAGGCUGAGGAGGCCGCGGAGGCCCAGGAGGUGGUGGAGCCAACCCCAGAGGGGGCCUGCACGGAGCCGCGGGAGCCGCCUGGGCUGAUCUUCAAUAAGGUGGAGGUGAGCGAAGACGAGCCGGCCAGCAAGGCGCAGCGCAGAAAAGAGAAGAGGCAGAGGGUGAAGGGGAACCUCACGCCACUGACCGGAAGGAACUACCGGCAGCUGCUGGAGCGCCUGCAGGCACGGCAGAGCCGGCUGGACGAGCUGCGCGGCCAGGAUGAGGGGAAGGCGCAGGAGCUGGAGGCGAAGAUGAAGUGGACCAACCUCCUCUACAAGGCGGAGGGCGUGAAGAUCCGCGACGACGAACACCUGCUGCAGGAGGCCCUGAAGCGCAAGGAGAAGCGCAGGGCGCAGCGGCAGCGCCGGUGGGAGAAGCGCACGGCCGGCGUGGUGGAGAAGAUGCAGCAGCGCCAGGACCGGCGGCGGCAGAACCUGCGCAGGAAGAAAGCGGCCCGCGCGGAGCGCCGCCUGCUCAGAGCCCGCAAGAAGGGCCGCAUCCUGCCGCAGGACCUGGAGCGCGCAGGCCUGGUCUGAGUCUUUCCCGCCUGGGGCCGCUGUCUUCGUCCUAGGAGACUCCAGGGCACUCUCUGAGUCCUUGACGUUGGCUCUGUCCCAGGAUCUCCACAGACCUCGGCCCUUCCAUGUGAGGGGGACACAGUGGUGCUCUGCUGAGUUGUGAGAGCCCAGAUCACGAUGACAUGUGAGAAAGAGAGAGUUUCAGCGUCAUUCUUGAACGCAGGAUCCGGGACCUUCAGACCCAGGGAAAGGGUGAGCCAGACUGGGGCCUGGCCUUGUUUCCCGGGCCUCAAAGCUUCCCCGAGGUUUGCAGGGUCAGGGAGGAGAAACGGUGGGGGUGGGCAGUCACUGCCCGUUCCCCACUGCCUGUGUUCGCAGGAGCCACAGGACAGAAGACGGUGGCCUCUGCUGCCGGGCCACGUUAGUCCGCAGCUGACCAGAACAGAGGACAACCCUGAGGUGUGGCAUAUGGGCACCUGGCACUCGGGAGUGGGGGGAGCACGUCCAGGCAUGGUGCAUCCUGGGGCAGAACUCCGUGGCUCCUCCCCGCUCUCUUGGCUUCUGCCUGUUGGGGUCUCAUUCCUUUUUGUUCCCCAGUGCCCCGGGGGCGGCAUUUUACUGCUCAGAAUUGGGAGGCAGGGAGCAGUACCUUCCCGGAGUCCACGCAUGUGAGUUGGGUCAAGUGCAUUGGACCUAGGGAAAGAGGAAGAAAGAAUAAAAGCUGGAGAGAGAGUGAAGCGAAUGGAAGAUACAAAGUGGGAUGGAAGAAUUAAAUCCAGAGCUCCAGGAAAUCAAAAUGAGUACAGGUUGAAAAAACUCAGGUGGAUUUUAGUGGCAUAUGGAUGAUAAAGCUGUAAAUAAAAUUCUUUUGAUGAAACUCUCCGGUUACGAGACAAAGAUAGUAACUGAAAGGGAGCUGGUGUGACUGUUACCAGACAGAGGCGACUGAUGAAAAAGCCCUGUGAAAGAUCAGAUGUAAGGUGGGUAUGAGCUUGAGCUAAGAGGCAGACACAACAGUAUCUGAAAAGAAUACAUACUCUUUCCAUGCAUAUAUGGAACAUGGAUGGAAACUGACCACCUACUUUGUCCAGAAAAGAAGUCUUAAGAUGUUAUUUCAAGGAAUCAGUAUCGUUAUCUGACCAUAUCCCAAUGUCAUUAAAAAAAAUUUGAGCUAAUUUUUUUUGUUUUUGAGAUAGAGUCUUGCUCUGUCACUCAGGCUGGAGUGCAGUGGCAUUUCAUAUUUGGAAUUUUUAAAACACACUUAUAAAUUACCUAUGAGUUAAAGAAUUCCUAAUGGAUAUUAGAAAUAUUUGGGACUAAAAGAUAAUGAAAAUGCUACGUAUUAAAAUUUGUGGAACCGGGCCUGGCAUGGUGGCUCAUGCUGUUAAUCCCAGCACUUUGGGAGGCAGGUGGACCACUUGAGAUCAGGAGUCUGAGACCAGCCUGGCCAACAUGAUAAAACCCCAUCUCUACUAAAAAAUAAAAAAAUUAGCUGGGUGUGGUGGUGCAAACCUGUAGUCCCAGCUGCUUGGGAGGCUGGGGCGGGAGAAUCACUUGAACCCGGGAGGUAGAGGCUGCAGUGAGCCAAGAUCGAGCCACUGCACUUCAGCCUGGGUGACAGAGCGAGACUGUCUCAAAAAGAAAAAAAUUAAGAUUUUGGAACAGAGCUAAAGCAGCACAAAAAAACAUUUCAUAGCCCCUAAAUGUAUGUGCAUCUACAGAUAAAUAGUGCCAUUUAUACACA